AUAAUAUCAAAACAUUGAUUGAUUGAUUGAUCAACUACACUCAUCAUCAAAUCAUCAUCAAAUAUAAUAAAAUGGUUAUGUCUACCACAACAAUAAUACCAUCAAAUACAAACCAAAGAGUUUUAUCAUCAUCAUCAACAAAAACAACAACAACAACUAUAAUGGCUACAGCCACAUCAUCUUCGUCAUCAUCAUCAUUGACAACAGCAGUAGCAGCAACAGCAACAACAACAACAACACCAGUUGCAACUUUGGCCACAAUGACCGUUAAACAGCGUGCACAAGAACAUGAAAAUCUUCGAAACAUAAUUGCUCAAUGGAAUGCUAAUCGUUUGGAUUUAUUUGAAAUUAGUGAACCAAAUGAGGAUCUAGAAUUCUAUGGUGUAAUGAGAUUUUAUUUUCAAGAUGCUGGACAAAAAGUGGCCACCAAAUGUAUGCGUAUAUCAUCGACAGCAUCGACAGCUGAUGUUAUUAAUAAUUUAAUUGAAAAAUUUCGUCCCGAUAUACGUAUGCUUUCUGUACCGGAAUAUGCAUUAUAUGAGAUACAUGAAAAUGGAGAGGAACGUAAAUUAGCCGAUUCAGAAUUUCCAUUAUUGGUUCAAUUGAAUUGGCAUAAAGAUGAUCGUGAAGGUCGUUUUCUAUUACGACGAAUGGAUGAAAAAACUUAUUUACCCGGAUUUAGCCCGGAAAAUAGCAAUAUAUUUAAUCGUAAAUUAUCGAAACGUGAAAAGAAAGAGAAAAAGAAGAAAGAAAAAAAGGAAAAAGCAGCCAACAAUAAUAAAUCAAGUAAAGAUGGUGGUGGUGGUGGUGGUGGUGCUGGUGGUGGUGGCAAAAAUGGAAAAGAUUCAUUAGCCGAAAAAUUAUAUACAGAACUGCCUGAGACCAGUUUCACACGAUCCAUUUCAAAUCCGGAAGCAGUAAUGCGUCGGCGACGGCAACAAAAACUUGAGAAAAAAUUACAACAAUUCAGCCAAGAAGGUGGACCUGAAGCAGGUGGAACAUUACGAAUAUUUGGUGAAUCAAUUAAUCAAGAUGUACCAUAUAAAACAAUUUUAUUAUCAACUAGAGAUACAGCUGCUUUUGCCGUUAAAGAAAUUCUUGAGAAAUAUGGUAAAGAUAAAGAAGAUCCUGUUCAGUAUUGUUUGGUACAAGUAAUUGUACCAUAUUUAAAUGGUGGUAGUAUUCCAGAUGCUAAAACCAAUGGUGUUACCAAUGGACCACAAUCAUUACCGGAUACUAAUCAAACUGGUAUUCGUGAAUAUAUUCUCGAUGAUGAUGAUUGUCCAUUGAUAAUUGAAAGAUCACAUAAUAAAUCACGUGGUGUAUUGACAUUCCAUAUUCGACGUCGACCACCAGAUUAUCAGCCACGAAGACGUAAGAAAAAGAUUGGUAAUCAAAUGAUCGAUUCAAUUGGCGGUGUUUCUGCCAGUGGUGGUGAUGAUGAAUUUUGUGAAUCGACAACAACAGCCAAUAAAACGUUGCCAUAUUUGGUAGAAGUUGAUCCUGAUGGUAGUGAAAUAUUUCGUCCCGGAGUCAUUCCUAAACGUCAUUAUUUAAAUACCAGUAUUCUUGAAAUCGGUACCGAUGUCGAUGUGAUUGCCGAAAAAUCUCCAAAUGCAAAUCGUAGUACGUUACAGCUAUGUGGACCAAGUAUUCAACCACACCAUUGUACGAUUGCGAAUACCGAUGGUAUAAUUAUCGUCACACCAAGUAAUCGGGAAGCGGAAACUUUUAUUAAUGGUACUAAAAUUUACGAAACAACCGUACUUAAACCAGGCAUGUUAGUCCGAUUUGGAAAAUUAUUCACAUUUAAAUUUGUAGAUGAAAAUCUACUCAAACGACAUUCCCAAAUAUCGGCCGGACCAUCUGUUGGUCACCAUUCUCAGCAAUUGUUCACGAAUGAUCCCCUAAAAUCGCCAACAUCUUCACUAAAUCCUUCAUAUGAAACUACAUUUGAUGCUGAUGGUAAAGUUGAAACAUCGAGUAAACCUGAACCAGUGGCCAAUAUGUAUAGUACAGGGUCCUUGCAACGGCAUCAAACAUUGGGAAGCUUACCACGAUCAAGUAUCGCCUCGAAUGUUGAAACAAAUAUGGUAACGAACAGACCAGUACCAGGACAGUUACCAAUAGCGAUGACUAAUCCCCAACAACAAGUAAGAAAAGGUGACAACAUAUUACCUGCCAUAUUAGAAGUAGGCGAAGAACUUGAGGAUUUGUUCUUGACAACCAUUAUAAAACGAAUCGAUCCAAAUCAGGUGCAAUUUAAACUAUGCAUUACGUAUUCGUUAUAUAUGGCCACACGAUAUCGAGCUUCCACCUAUUUUAAGCCGGAAAUUACGCCGGAAGUUCGUGCCGAACUAUUAAUUUCAUUUUGUAUUAAAUAUGCCAACAUGAUACAGCAAGCUAUUAAUGAGAAUCAUACUAAUCAAUCAUCGUUGGCAUUUUGGCUAGCCAAUUCAUCUGAGAUUUUACAUUUUCUCAAAAACGAUCGCCAUCUAAGUGCAUUCACAUUCGAUUCACAAGACAUUAUGGCCGAAUCCGUCCAAAUAGCAUUUAAUUUUUUGGUCGGUUGUCAACAAAAUGAAUUGAAGGAAGUAUUAUCAACAUUCACAAAGGAUAUUGUCGAUCAGUCUAAUAAUGCCAUGGAUAUGAUGACCCAAAACAUUUUGAAAGUUUUAUCCAAUUCAAUGCAGCUAUUGCGACGUUUUCGUGUAAAUGCAGCACUUACUAUUCAACUGUUUUCUCAGCUAUUCCAUUUUAUCAAUAUGUGGUUAUUCAAUAAAGUCAUCGGUACGGCCGAAUCUAAUUUCUGUUCUCGUGUUUACGGGAUAAAAUUGAAACAAUGUUUAGCUCAAAUUGAAUUAUGGGCUGAAAAACAAGGACUUGAACUGGCAGCUGAAUGUCAUUUAUCACGUAUCAUUCAAACAGCAUUGUUUCUACAAGGACCUAAAAAAUGUCCCGAAGAUUUGAAUGCAUUGGUUGCAAAUUUUUACAAGUUAAAUUCCGUUCAAUUGCGAGCUUUAUGUGAACGUUAUCAACCAUUGUCGGAUGAGAUAUCGUUCACUGCCGAUAACAUUCAAUGUAUGGUGAAGAUGGCCCGUAAUACCACCGAUGAAUUGAUCAUUAAAGAAGGUCGUGAAAUUCGAUUAGAAGAAGAAAGUGAUCUUCAAUUGCCAUUUCUAUUGCCUGAAGAUGGCUAUUCCUGUGAUAUUGUCCGCGGUAUACCGACCGGAUUACAAGAGUUUGUUCAGACAUUGGUUCAAGCUCGUAUUUGUAGUCUAACUAUUCAGCCUACGGCUUCUGGUUAUUGGACUAUUUAUUUCAUUAAUUUUCAGGCCGAACAACAAACAACACCAACAUCGAUACCUUAUCAAGAAUUUGAUGAUCAAAAAAAUCGUGGUUCUAUUUCAGAUAAAAAUUCCAUGUCGGGUCAAUUUGUUGGACAGCCACAAUUAUUGCAUGGACAACAACAAUCGAAAAACCAAUUGCCACCUAUUAACUCAUUGGGAAUGAUGGUGGCUCCUGGCUAUGGUCUAGCAUCUGCAUAUGGUACUGUUCGUAUGAUGCCCGAACCAGAGGUUCAUGUGAUCAAACUUCAAAAAAUUAAUAACGGUAUCGGUUUAAGUAUUGUGGCUGCUCGUGGUACUAAUCAAAGUCAAUUGGGUAUCUAUAUUAAAUCGGUUGUAAAAGGAGGAGCUGCUGAUAUGGACGGUCGAUUAGAAGCUGGUGAUCAGCUGUUAAAAGUUGAUGGACAAACAUUGAUUGGAAUCACCCAAGAAAAGGCUGCAGAAUUGAUGACUCAAACUGGGCCUGUAGUUACAUUAGAAGUUGCCAAACAAGGCGCACUUUAUCAUGGACUAGGCGGUAUCCUUACUCAACAACAACAGCAUCAGCAACAACAAGUUCCAUCAUCUGCCGCUGCAAUGAUGGCCAAAAAUUUACGGCCUCGAUUUGCACCCGAAUAUGGUGCUGGUGGUUUACAUCGAUUCCCUGGGGCUGGAACUACAACUGGCCAAUACAGUCCUAUGUUAUCACAAUUUCCAACGGUUGCAGUUUCACAACAGACUUGUUUGCCUGGCUAUAAUUCACUACCAUUAUCAUUGAAUUAUAAUUAUCGAAAUCAAAUGGGCACAGCAAAUGUUAAUAAUGCUGCUGCUGCUGGUGGUGGUGGUGGUGCUACCAUGCCAUUAACAUAUAAUAGUAAUUCAGUCAAUUCAAUGCGACCAGAAUCACAAUUAAGCUAUAAUUCAGCCACAAAUCUGAUGAAUUCAUCAUUAGUCAAUAAUAAUAAUCGCAGUAUAAAUAUGUCAACGGCUAGUUUACCGGCAAAUUCUGCUGCGGCAGCAGCAGCAGCGGCGGCCGCUGCUGCUGUUCAGCAUUUUCACCAAUUGCCUGAAGAACGACAUUAUCAAAACAUUCAAUUAUAUCAAUUGAAUCAUCCGGGUUCAACAACACAACCAAAUGGACCUGGUCAAAUUUCUUCAAUACAAAAAUUAUCACCAAGACAUCAUCCUAUUCAUCAUCAUCAUCAAAUAAUGCCACCACCAGCUACCGUUGCUCAUGCAGCAAAUCGUUCGAUAUUACACGGGUCACAUUCAUCUUUGCAGCAACAUCCAUCAUCACUGGUAACAACCACUGGCGAAUUGGCAUCAUCAUCUGCUCCCUCGAGACCUGUAUCGGCCAUUGUAACCACAAGAGAACAAGAGCAAAUAUUCGCACAAAAUGCAGCAGCUGUUCCAGGGUCAGUAGCAAAUACAGUAAAAAGACCCGGAGAACAUUAUUAUGCACAACAGCAUCAUCAACAACAGUCACAAUCAUCAGAUCCAAAUCAUACAUCGUUGAUCGAACAGCAAUUUCGUCAACAUCAAUUACGACAAGAAGCUAAAAUGGAAGAGAUUCGUGAAGAAUUACGACGUCGUGAAGAUCGAAUGCAACAACAACAACAACAACAAUUGCAUGGUGGUUCACACACAAUGUCUAGAGGUGUAUCAAUGUCCAAUUCAGCCAUCACUCCUCACGUUUUGAUGACUUCUAAUGCCAAUAGUUUACGACCACGUUUCACUAGCCAACAGUCAUUGACAUAUAAUGGACAAUCAAUGACACAUCCAUCUACAACUAUGUCCCAAUCAUCGAUGAAUGGAUUCCGUCCCAAUGGACCAUACGGUUCGGCUAUUCGUUCGAAUCCACCACCACCGGCACCAAAACCAUUGCGAUCAAUGCCAAUAAAUAAUAAUAACGUUAUUCAACACACACAGCAGCCAAAUUAUCGUUAUGGACCCAGUGGAUAUCCACCUCUAACACAAGCCAAAUCAUCAUCACCAUCACCAUGGGAACGGGAAGAAAAAGAAAAGGAAAUUCAACAAAAAAUCGAAAAAACAAAAAGAUCGCGCGAUGAAGAGAUCAAACAUUUAGAAUCAUUACCUUAUCGUAAUCCUAAAAAUGAGGAACGUUUAAGAAAAUUGAUCUUGGAACGUGAAUUCCAGAAACGUGCUGCCGAAGAGAAUGAAGACGAUGAUGAUUAUGAUGAUGAUGAUGAAGUGUUGGAUCGUGCCGAACGUCGUGAAAGAAUGUUGGCCAUUCAUCAGGAUCGUGAACGUUCCCGUCAACGACGUAUGCAACAGGAACAACAACAACAUCAACAGCAGCAACGUUACAAUGUUAAUAGAACAGAUGAAAUGAAUGAUGAAAGAAAAGCUGAUACAGCUCAGAGACUUAAAUAUCUUCGAAUUACAGAAGAACAAACACAACAGGAAGAGGAACAAAUUUUACAAGAUACCAAAAAACGACAGGAGGAAUCACCAUCCAAAAUAAAUAGUAAAUCAAACCAUGAUCAUCAUAGUGAAACACCUCCUCCGUUACCGAAAUCAUCACCACCCGUUGAAUCAGCUAAUCAGCGUUUGGAUCGUUUAUUAUCGAAUGCAAUGAAAAAUGAUGAUGGUGAUCAACAAUCGCCAUCACCAUCACAACAACAACAACAACAACAUGCAACACUGGUCACAACAUCAACGACAACCAGAAUGGGUGUUUUGAAAAAUUCUACCAAUAAUAACACAUCUAAUCUACAUUCAGAAAAUAAAUCUACCAAAAAAGUUUCAUGGAAUGAUAAUCCUGCCGCAACCGUAUUGAAUAAUGAUGACGAUGAUGAUGAUGAAGAUGAAGAUGACGACAAUGAUGAUGAUAAUGAAAGCGAUGAUGAUCAUAAUGAACAGAUGAGUACACCGACAAAUAUGAGUGUUAACGUCGGAAAUGUUGGUGCCAUUGGUAGUCAUAUUAAUCAUCAUCAUCAUCAUCAUGUUGAAGAAGAAGAAGAAGAAGAAGAUGAACCACAAGAAGAUCGAUUUUCAUUGCAAGAUAUUGAUGAUGUACUUGGAUCACAAGGACCGAAUGGAAAAAAUUGGCUCAAUAAUUAUGUAAGUGGUAGUACACCAGGUGUAAUUGGUGCACAAGAAGUAUAUAAUGAUCCACGUAAACGUAUUGAAGCUGAACGUUUUAAAUCGAAUCAAAAUCAAUCAUCAACAGAUAAAUUACCUGAAAAGCUAACAUUUCAGGAAAAAAUGAAAAUGUUUGCCAAAACAACUGGUGCACAUGAAGAAACACCAGUACGAAGUAAAGUUAAAAUAUCGAAAGCACAACGUGAAAUUGAAGAUCGUGAUACAAUAAUGGCAACAACAACAACGACAACGACAUCGGAUGAUUAACGGUCAUUUUUCAAUCAAUCAAAAAAAAAAAAAAAAAAAACAUCAUCACACACCCACACUCACACUUUUUUUACUUAUUGAUAUUUUUUUUCUUAAAAAAGACGGAUUAAUUUUUCUUUCACUCACACACACACACACACACACAAAACCACCAAAUCAUUCUGUAUGAAUUGUGUAUCUACUUAUUAUUAUUAUUAUUAUUAUCAUUUUAUUAUUUUUCAUGAA